AUAGUGAAGAUAUAUAGACUUAGAGAAGGCUUUCAACCAUGGAUAGCCUCUGUGCAGCAAAUACCACUUUUGCACUCGACCUCUUAAGAAAGCUGUGUGAGAACAGAAGCGGGCAGAAUCUGUUUUUUUCUCCUUUUAGUAUUUCUUCUGCACUGUCUAUGGUUUUGCUGGGUUCAAAAGGUAACACUGAAGCCCAAAUAGUAAAGGUGCUUUCUCUGAAAAAAGCUGAGGAUGCUCACAAUGGGUAUCAAUCACUUCUCUCUGAAAUUAAUGAUCCAAACACCGAAUAUGUACUGAGAACUGCUAACAGACUUUAUGGAGAAAAGACAUUUGAGUUUCUCUCAUCAUUUGUAGAGUUGAGUCAGAAAUCCUACCAUGCUGGACUAGAACAGACUGACUUCAUGCGUGCGUGGGAGGAUUCCAGAAAACAAAUAAAUGGCUGGGUAGAGGAAAGGACUGAAGGCAAAAUUCAGAACCUGUUGGCAGAGGGCAUUCUCAGUUCACUGACCAGACUUGUGUUGGUGAAUGCCAUCUAUUUCAAAGGCAACUGGGCAAAGCAGUUUGACAAAGAGAGGACAGCAGAAGUGCCGUUUCAAAUUAACAAGGAAGAGACCAAACCUGUGCAGAUGAUGUGCAGGAAGGAUAAGUUUAACAUGGCCUAUAUUUGGGACUUGCAGACCAAAGUCCUUGAGCUCCCUUAUGUUGGUAGUGAACUCAGCAUGAUUAUCCUGCUCCCUGAUGCAAUUCAGGAUGGAUCCACUGGCUUGGAAAGUCUGGAAAGAGAACUUACAUAUGAGAAGCUGAUAGAUUGGCUCAAUCCACAAGCAAUGGGAUGUACAGAGGUGAAGGUGUCUUUACCCAGAUUUAAACUGGAAGAAAAUUAUGAUCUGAAACCCCUCCUGAGCAGCAUGGGAAUGCCCGAUGUGUUUGACUUGGGGAAGGCAGACUUAUCGGGGAUUUCAGCUGGCAAUGAGCUCGUGCUUUCUGAAGUGGUUCACAAGUCCUUUGUGGAAGUCAAUGAAGAAGGCACUGAAGCAGCAGCUGCCACGGCAGGAGUGAUGAUAAUGCGCUGCGCAAUGAUCGUUGAAGAAUUCACUGCGGAUCAUCCCUUCCUCUUCUUCAUCCGGCACAACAAAACUUCCACCAUUUUGUUCUGUGGGAGAUUUUGUUCUCCCUAA